AUGAAUCCAUGAUCACUCAAGACUCAAGAGAUGAAUGACCCGGCAGGGCAUUCGUGGGUUGGCCGGGUCAAAAUCAGGUAUGUGAAGAUCAGUUUCCUUCACCGACAAUUCUCAAGCCGGAGUACCAAUGAUGAGUCCCGUCGCCGUUCCUUGAUUCACACUCUUCAGCUGCAACUGCAUAAACGCACUAUAGAGAGUGUUAAUCGUAUGGAAGAAAUCAAAGCUCACACACACAAAUUCUCCAUGCGCAUUUGAUUCCCGUCAUCGGCAGAAUGGACAGAGCGACCUCCUCCGACAACGAAGAUGAUCGGCAGAACCUAAUCGGAGACGAAGAACGGCGCAGCGGCGCGAAAUCGCCUUCCCCGUCCACCUUCCAGAUCGACGGCAUAAACAACCGGUUCGUCGACUCCGCGCGGUUGGGCUUCGGCUGCCGGAAGAGGUACUUAUUAGCGGUCAUUCUCCCGGUUUUCGUUUUCAUCGUCUUUAUCACCACAGACAUCAAAAGCGUCUUUCGAACUGGAGUCUCUAAUAUUGGCUUCGACUCUUCUUCGGUUAGUCGCAUGCGCGAGUCCGAGUUGCGUGCGCUGUAUAUGCUCAGACAACAGCAGUUAGGGCUUUUCAAGCUGUGGAACCAUACGUUUGGGAAUCUAACUAGAUCCGCUGCUGUUGUUAGUAAGGGGAAUUCGAGUUCGAAUCCUGCUGGAAAUGAUAGGAGUCAAUUGGCUUUAUUUUUAGAUGAUCUGAGAGCAGAUUUGCUAAGUCAGAUCUCAUUGAAUAAGCAAACUCAACAAGUUCUUCUGUCAUCACAUCAAUUAGGGAAUUCAUUGGAUCUGUCAUCGGAUAAUUUCACUGACCCAAGCAUUGACGGAUUAGGUAGGUGUGGGAAGGUUGAUCACGGAUGGUCUGAGAGGAAAACUAUUGAGUGGAAGCCGGAAUCAAAUAAGUAUUUGUUUGCCAUUUGUGUCUCCGGACAAAUGUCGAAUCAUUUGAUUUGUUUGGAGAAGCACAUGUUUUUUGCAGCUGUACUUAAUCGUGUUUUGGUUAUUCCAAGCUCGAAAGUCGAUUAUGAGUUUCAGAGGGUGUUGGAUAUUGAGCACAUCAACAAGUGUGUUGGGAGAAAAGUAGUCCUGGCUUAUGAGGAGUUUGCAGAAAGUCAGAAGAACCAUGUGCAUAUAGAUAGGUUCAUUUGUUACUUUUCCCAGCCACAACCCUGUUUCGUGGAUGAUGAACGGAUUAAAAAGUUGAAAUCUUCGGGAGUUUCUAUGAAUAAGCUGGAGACUGCUUGGGAUGAGGAUGUUAAGAAGCCAAAACAAAGGACCAUCCAUGAUAUAAUCUCCAAGUUCUCUUCAGACGAUGCUGUUAUUGCUAUAGGCGAUGUGUUCUUUGCGGAUGUUGAGAGAGACUGGGUGAUGCAGCCAGGUGGUCCCAUUGCCCACGAGUGUAAAACUCUAAUUGAGCCCAGCCGUCUUAUUGUGCUCACUGCCCAGAGAUUUGUUCAGACAUUUCUGGGAGACAACUUCAUAGCUCUUCAUUUCCGUAGACAUGGUUUCCUAAAAUUUUGCAAUGCCAAGAAACCAAGUUGCUUCUACCCUGUUCCUCAAGCUGCAGAGUGUAUCAAUCGUGUGGUUGAGAGGGCCAAUUCUCCAGUAAUAUAUCUAUCUACAGAUGCUGCUGAAAGUGAAACUGGUUUGCUUCAAUCUCUUGUCAUCCUCAAUGGGAAGACUGUACCUCUUGUUACAAGACCUGCUCGUAAUUCAGCGGAAAAAUGGGAUGCUUUAUUAUAUAGGCAUAGCCUUGAGGGAGACACUCAGGUGGAAGCAAUGCUAGACAAGACAAUAUGUGCUUUGUCUGCUGUGUUCAUCGGAUCUCCGGGGUCCACCUUCACCGAGGACAUUCUAAGACUCCGGAAAGGCUGGGGUUCGGCAUCUCUGUGCGACGAGUAUCUUUGUCAAGGCGAACUCCCAAACUUCAUUGCAGACGACGAGUGAGUUGCCCCCGCACUUGCAAACACUUUUGGGACUCAACAACUGGGGUACGUAUCGCCGUUGGGAAUUUGGCUGGAUUUGGGAAACAUAGACAGAGUUUUGUGCUGCAUUUUGAUGAUUAGCAUUACCAGAAGGUAGAGAUAAAGCAGUCUUAGCCAUUCACCCAUUCUUUGGCUUUAUGUUUUUGGGAUCUUAGCGUAGCAAUUUUUCCCGUUUUGAUAGCCCAUGUCACUUAUAACUUAUUUGUUAUUAUUAUUUUCCCAAUGUAUUUAACACUUUGAUGAGCAAUAUGUAUAUUUAUACAUAAUGAGUAUUAAGGGGUAUAAGAAUAAAAAUUUGACCAAGAAAAUGCAAAUAAAAAAACAAUAGGUUG